AUGGACAUGCAGAAUCUUGUGAACAACUUGAAGAGCACUGCUCUAAGCGUAGGCGAAAUGCUUACUCCCGUACUGAAGGAGAGCAAAUUUCGCGAAACCGGAGUACUAACACCAGAAGAGUUCGUCAUCGCCGGCGACCAUCUCGUUCAUCAUUGCUCUACUUGGCAGUGGUCAAAAGCUGCUGACCCUAGCAGGUAACC